AACACUCAAACAUCAAUAAAUAUCAACAAAUAACAAAUACAUAUCAGAGUUAAUCAGUUUCAAGAUAAAAGGAGUAAUGGCAUUUAAAGGGUAUAUCCUAUUUCUAGUUAUGGUCCUAGUGGCCAAUAUGUGUACUCAAAAUGAAGCUCAAUCAGGUUGUACAUCAACGAUCACUAGCUUGAGCCCUUGUCUAAACUACAUAAUGGGGAGUUCUUCAAAUCCAUCAUCUUCAUGUUGCUCACAACUUUCAAGUGUAGUCCAAUCUUCUCCUCAGUGUCUAUGCUCCCUCCUUAAUGGUGGUGGUUCCUCUUUUGGAAUCACUAUAAAUCAAACACUUGCUCUCUCUCUCCCUUCUGCUUGUAAGGUUCAAACUCCACCUGUUAGUCAGUGCAAAGGUGGCAAUGGACAGACAUCUCCAACAAGUUCAACUUCUCCGGCGGGCUCUCCUGUUGAUUCUCCAACUGAAUCACCCGAAGGCGCAAUAACACCUUCUGCUAACUCAGAUUUUCCCUCAGGUGGAGCAGGAUCAAAAAGUAUACCAUCAACAGAUGGUGGCUCAUCCAAUGGAAGCACUAUUGAAGUCUCGUUCAACUUGUUUCUUUCACUUCUUGCCAUUGUGUUUUGUGUCAUCACCAAGUUCUGAUUUUGUUCAUAUUGAGAUUUGAGUGCUCAAGUUUUAUAUUUACAUUUCAUUGGCAUAGAAGAUAUAUGUAACGUAGUUGUAUAAUUACUAUGGAAUAUUCAAGCCAAUAGUACAAUUAAUAUGUAAUCGCUUUCCAGAGUAAGAUAAUUAUCAUUUUUUAGUUCAA